UGGAGCCCGAGCUGCGGAGCCGAGCCCGCUGCGGGCAGCGCCGUGUCCCGGAGCCCUCGGCACUCGCUGGGCUGCGGCCCCGCUCAUCGCCAUGGAGAAGUACAAAGCUCUGGAGCAGCUGCUCACAGAACUUGAAGAUUUUCUGAGGAUACUGGACAAGGAGAACUUGAGCAGCACUGCUGUGGUGAAGAAGAGUUUCCUCUCUGACCUUCUGAAAGUCUACACCAAGUCCAGUGGUGGUGAUGAGGAGUAUAUUUAUAUGAACAAAGUGACAGUCCAUAAACAGCAGGGUGACCAAGAGAAACAAGACAAAGGGCUGGAUCAGAAGGACUCCCUGCCCAAUGGAGACUCAGGACUGCAUUUGUCACCUCCUCAGAAGAGCCUGCCAGACCUCCCCCCUCCAAAGAUUCUUGAAACAAAACAACCUCCAAUCCCCAAGAUCGAAUCCCCGGAGGGAUAUUACGAAGAGGCUGAGCCCUAUGAUGUCUCUGUAAAUGGUCUUUUUGGUAGGCUUGCUGCGGCUGGACCCAGGCCAGGGUUGCAGGUUACUGAGGGCGUUAUUUAUGCCACAAUAACUAUGGAAGAUGGUGAAGCUGUUAGUAGUUCCUACGAGUCCUAUGAUGAGGAAGAGAGCAGCAAAGGCAAGUCAGCAACCCAUCAGUGGCCGUCCCCAGAGGCCACCAUUGAGCUGAUGAAGGACGCCCGCAUCUGUGCCUUCCUGUGGAGAAAGAAGUGGCUGGGACAGUGGGCAAAACAGCUGUGUGUUAUCAAGGACACCAGGCUGCUGUGCUACAAGAGCUCCAAAGACCACAACCCCCAGCUCGACGUGAAUUUGCUGGGCUGCACUGUCAUUCACAAGGAAAAGCAAGUGAGGAAGAAAGAGCACAAGCUGAAGAUCAUCCCCACAAACGCUGAUGUCAUUGUGCUGGGGCUGCAGAGCAAAGACCAGGCAGAACAGUGGCUCAGGGUAAUCCAGGAGACCAGUGGUCUGCUCUGUGAAGGGGGCAGUGAAGGCAACCAGUACAUCCCAGACUUGCAGCGUCUCAGUUACCCAAAGGUGGAGGUGUCUGAGAGAUACUCUGCAGCCUCCGAGAGCGGGAGCAGCACCGACGGCCACACGGACACCGCUGAGACUAAAGAUGUUAAGAAGAAGGGCACAACUGGCCUGAAACUGAGCAACCUGAUGAACCUCGGCAGGAAGAAGUCCAGCUCCAUGGAUAGCCCAGAGAGAUCCCUGGAGACUUCAAGUUACCUGAACGUGCUGGUGAACAGCCAGUGGAAGUCACGGUGGUGUCAGAUAAAGGAUGGGCACCUCCAUUUCUACCAGGACAAGAACAGAAGCAAACUGGCUCAGCAGCCCCUGAGUUUGGCAGGCUGUGAAAUCAUCCCAGAGCCCAGCCCUGAUCAUCUUUACUCCUUCCGCAUCCUGCACAACGGGGAGGAACGGGUUGUUUUGGAGGCAAAGUCCUCAGAGGAGAUGGGCCACUGGCUGGGCCUCCUCUUGUCGGAGUCAGGCUCGAAGACAGACCCAGAGGAAUUCACCUACGAUUACGUGGAUGCUGACAGGGUUUCCUGCAUCGUGAGCGCUGCGAAGAAUUCCUUCUUCCUAAUGCAGAGGAAAUACUCUGAGCCCAACGCCUACAUCGACAACCUGCCCAAGGGCAGGCUGCAGCAGGACGAGCUCUACGAUGAUGUGGAUCUGCCUGACCUGCCUGUGGAAGAAGCACCCAAGAGUGAGAGCAAAUUGGAGGGGGACCAAGACAGAGUGUAUCUGGAUCUCACCCCAGUCAAGUCCUUACUACACUGUGCUGGCAAGAUGUCCUGCCAGUCUUCACCCCUCAGCUCACCAUCUCUAGAAAGAGCUGCCAAGGCUGCCCCAGAGAGCACAGCUGAGACAGCCCCCAUGGCUAAGGAGGCUGAGCCCUGUACUAAGGCAACAGAGACCUCGGAGCAGAAACACCCAGAGAAGCCAGAGCCUGAGGAGGCUGUGCCACGGGUGCCUGCUGUCAAAGUGCAGCCCCAGCAGCAGAUCACUGCCUUGCCCCAGGUGUCCCCCGAGGUGCCAGCGGGCACAGUUCCAGUGGGCAGUCCCCAGCCUGCACACCGGCCCAAGAUGCCACUGCCAGCAGCAGCAGUGGAAACCAAGCUGGGCAAGAACAGGACAGAGGCAGAGGUGAAACGGUUCACAGAGGAGAAGGAACGGCUGGAGAAGGAGAAGGAGGAAAUCCGAGCUCAGCUCACCCAGCUGCGCAAGGAGAGACGAGAGCUGAAGGAAAUGCUUGGUGGCAGCACAGACAAGAGCCUGGAGCAGAGGCUGAAGGAGGUAGAUGAAGAAUGCAAAAGGAAGGAAAGCCAGAGGGUGGACCUGGAGCUGAGCCUGGUGGAGGUGAAAGAGAACCUGAAGAAGGCAGAGUCUGGCCCGGUGACACUGGGCACAGCAGUGGACACCACCCACCUGGAGAACACAGCCCCUCGGGUUCAGGCAAAAAGUGCCAGUGCAGCAAGCAGCGCAGAGAACUCACCGGUGAAUUCAGCAACAGCUUUGAAAAACCGGCCUUUAUCUGUUAUGGUCACAGGGAAAGGAACAGUCCUACAGAAAGCUAAGGAAUGGGAGAAGAAGGGAGCUAGUUAGGAGCACAUUGUUCAGAGAUGGACUAAAGACUCGAAUUGCCCACGCAUGGCCCAGGGGAUCCAACCAUCUGUCGGUGGAGGUUGGGUGUUCAACACCACCACACACCAAGUGCCUCCUGCCACGGCUCCGACGCAGCGCUGGAGUCAACAGCUGCUGAUGCCAGUUAUCCCAAAUGAACUUGUUCUGUCCAGACAAAUCCCAAUCACGUAGCUAAAACAAUAACAACCAGUGGCAAUCCUUCCAUCAAAGUCCUAACCCAGCUGAUGUAAACAAGAAUGUUACUGUAAAUAGGGGUGUUUUGUGUAUUUCUACUCUGAAGGUUUAUCAAUGAGUUAUUAAGGUUUCUAUAUUAGUGACUGUAGUGGAUUCAGAAGGGACCUCUACUAUUCCUCAGCCUGGUGAGUUUGUACCUGCCCUGAUAAAUUGGAGUCAACUAAUGUCUCACCUGUCUUGCUGCCAGUCAUCACUCAGCUGCAUUUCAUCCAGCCUUCAGUCCCCACCUGUGAGCAGUGCUUCAAACAUGCAUGAGAAGCAGCCUGCCCAGGACAUUUUAAAACAGUGUCCUGGUUCAUUCCAGCAUCUCCUACCAGCUGCAGCUUUGCUAGAAUAUUGAGCUGCUCACCUUCUUGUGCUGUAAACUGUGUUACAGACUGGAAACACCAAGAGCUCUGGGCAAAGAAGAUCUGCCAGGCAGAUUCAGUUAACUUUCUUGAAGUUCUUACUUUACCUGAGGAGUUUGUUCUGAAAAAAAAAAAAAGUCAUAUUUGAGGGAUUGCUCAGCUGUUUCAUGUGAAAGCUGGAUCCCAGUGUAUCCUUCAGGGCUUGUUGCCCUUUCCCAAGAAAGGGGAGGUAAAGCAGUCCCCAUGCUCCUGCCCCAGCUGUGAUGGUGUCUGAUGCUCCCAGAGCUGCAGCUGAAGCCAUCCCUGUGCCCCUGUGUCCUCCACCCUGGAGGGCUGAGCAGCCUGCCCUGCAGUAAGGCUGCACUCCAGGCUCUGCUGAGCUGCUGGCUGUCUUGGUGCUGUCACCCUUAUUUCCUGAUCAUUAAUCCUGCCUUUGGGCCCUGGCAGUAUGGCCCACAGAGCCCACCCCUCUCUCCCUAGCCAUGGUUUCUAAUGAAAGAUGUUGGAUAUUUGGAACUGCUAAACUUAGAGUCAUUGAAUUUUGAAGGGGGGCAGUGGGUUGGCAGGAAUUGAUGUACUCCUCCCCUCCCUGUACCAUGCUGACAUGUCAGAUGGCCUGGAGACAUCUUUUCCUGUCUCCUCUGAUGGCCCUUCCAAGCCCAGCUCAGUAACUGGGUUGACUGGAUGGGGUGGACAUCUUUUCCAACCUUACAAAGUCAAAGCAGCACCACUUCCCAGGAUAGGUUGUCCCUGAGAUCUUGUGGCUACACCAAGGUAAAGGCAAACAGGAAAAAUGUUGUACCAUCCUCUGUAGAGAGCUGUUCUUUCUCCAUACAAAGAACACAAAAAGGCCAAACAACCAGUGGGAUGCACAGGGCUGUGACAGCCAGAGCUGGUGGUGUCAUGGGGGUGAGGGAAAAUGUCCUGACAGGGGAUCCUGGAAGCCAGAAAGGUGAUUGUGCUCCCGUGGUUUUCACUCUUUAGUUUCCACUGCAGUGCAGAUGGAGGAGUUGCUAAUGCCAGCCCUCAGGAGCCUCAGCUGUCAGGUUGUCCCUGUGCAAAGUUUUGCACAUAGGAAAAAAUCAUGCAAAUAAACAGCUGGCUCCUCUGGUUCAGGACCCUGGGGACUUCCUUCUCCAGAGCACCAGAAGACCACAGACUCCAUGAAACUUCUGUUUUGGCCCAUGAUGAGCUGGCAGGAGCCCCUCUCUAUACCCUGAACAUCCAUGUAGUUCCUCACCCUCCAGGAGUUGUCCAGACAUUUCACAGUGGUGCUGAGACAGUGCUGGACAAGAGCAGCUCUGCUUUCCUCUCACAGCCCACCAGCUCCAGUGCUGCUGGGAUGUCUCCAUGAGGGAAUGGUAAACACAGGCGAGUCAACAACACACUUUCCCCAAACAAGAAAUGUUAAACAAUGUCUCUGUGUCCCCAUUGUUUUCCUAACUCAAGGCAUUUCCUUUGUUGUAACUGUGACCUAUAAAGUGGCGCUUUAGAGGGUUUUAUAAUAAAAUGUUGAGUAUAUUA